GAACGAUGCCCCAUUCACAAAUGAAUCACUCUUUUGAGUCGAUUCUGUUCAAAGACUUGAUCAAACAAGUUGGUAAAGCUGUCUAAAUUGAUUCGCGAAUCAGUUUGAAUGAUUUGUUCAGUUCCUGCACGCGCUGAAUCGUUUGAAGCGGUUUUCUCACUCGGAGCGGGUGAAGUGAAGUGGACCUACAGUCAAUUAAAAGCAAAUCUGCAAAUGCAUCCAAUUGUUUGCCAGCGAUGAAGACCUUUAUUAGCUAGUUGAGCUGCUGUCUUUGAACAAUUCCACCGACCCUGCAGACGUGAUGUACCCCACUCUUCAAGUAGAAGGAGCUGGAUGAAAUAUUCUAUGAUGAAAGACAAGAUCCACAAUCUGACUUGUGAUGCAGCCUGAAUUAUAACCACACCAUAGCUGUGUCCCAAUUCAGGGGCUGCGUCCUCCGGAGGUUGCAUUUGAAGGGCGACUUGCAUCACAGCGGCGCAACGAAGACUGUCCCAAUUCAUAGCUGCAUCCUUUGAAGGCCGCAUUUAAUGGCUGAUUGUGUCACUGUGACAAAGGCUGACGUAAUUCAAAAGCGGCUUCAAAUACACCCUUCUUUCCCUGUGAAAUCUGAAAUGAAGAAUACAUCAGAUGGAUCCUUUGUGGCCUACGCCUAACCUAUCCCAGUAGUGGAUCCUGGCCAUAAAUUUAGGAUGGAUGACCUUUAUGACUUUUUGAAGUCAAGAAAUAUCAAUGAUGACAUCAUACAGAAAAUGCAACAGGAUAAGAUUGAUUGCAGUGUCAUACCUCUUAUGACAGAUGACCAGCUGAAGGAAUACCUGCCUUCCUAUGGUGACCGACUGGCUAUAUGCGGAUACUGCGUUCGAAAAGAACAAGAUCCCAGUGGCCGAAAAUCUAAAUUUUUUGAACGGCUAAGAACCAGGCUAGCAAGAAGCAAAGGUGACACUGUCAACGUAUGUAACAGAAGAUCAAAAAAUGCCCUAAAGAGUAUGCGAAAAAUUGAGAUAGGAUGGAUGCAUUUUCGAGAAGGGAAGUUUACUCAGGUCCGAUCAAAAAGAGGUGGAGGUACACGGAAAGUUACUGUAUCAAAGGACUGGAGAAAAAAGGAUAUACUUGAAAAGGCUACCAAGUUGUUUUUUCCAGAUGUGAAAUGUUUCAGUCGAAGCUUCACAGAUUUUGUGGUCGAUGUAUCAGACUUUCAAGGGCAAACAAUAGAUGACCAGAUUACAGUUGGAGAACUUUAUGAGCUGACCAAAUUAUCAAUGCUGCGUUUAUACUUUACAACCAAGGAGAAAGUCAUCACUAGUGACACACAGUUCAACUUCAAGAGCGAAACAAUUGAGCAGGGAGGGGAAAAUGUGCAAGAUUCCUGGUCCCCCACACACCCUGAGAAUAUAGAGUCACACCUAAAUUAUGUAGGGAGUCACAGUUUAAUUACAACAGGCAGUGAUGUUUUAUUGUCAGACUCCAUAACUACCAUGAUUGAUGCAUCAAGUGCGAUUAAGAUGGAAGCAGCCAAUCAGCUAAAGGUGGACAAUUUGGAGGAUAAUGGCACUGUAACAAUCUCAACGGGACUUAUCUCUGGGCUGGAAGACACCUUACCUCUUUUAGAGGAACCGUAUUCUGUACCUCCAAUUGAUAACUCUCUGGAGCCCUUUGUUCAGAGUGAAAAGGGGAAGAAAAUUCUUGUUGUUCAUCGCGGUCAGGUCCUUCAACAACUUAUCGCACAUUUUUGUGACGAAAGUGUCUUGAAGGAUGGCAUAUCUAUGAAAGUCAUUCUUCCUGAUGGACGGCUGGAAAAUGCCGUUGAUGAAGGGGGAGUUUUGCGGGAUUUGCUUUCAGAGUUUUGGCAUGAUUUUUUUGAGCAAUGCACUUUGGGAAAUAGCUUUAAGGUCCCUUAUCUACGACAUGAUUUUGGUCAACAACAGUGGCAAAGCAUUGGCCGAAUCAUUGCAUUUGGUUGGCAAAAAGAGAAAUACCUACCUGUAAAAAUAGCACCUGUAAUGCUGGAACAGGCAGCUCAUGGAUGUCUCACAACUAGUCUUGUGGACUGCUUUCUCAGAUAUGUUUCAGAAUCUGACAGAAUGAUCCUAGAAUCAUGCCGUUCAGAUUUUGAAAAUGUGGACAAAGAAGAGCUGUUUGAGGUCCUGGAUCAUCAUAACUGUCGAAGAGUCCCAACAGCAGAUAAUAUCGAGCAGCUCUUGGAGGAGAUGGCGCAUCAGAAGCUGAUUCAGGAACCUGCGUUUGUGAUAGAGCAGUGGCAUUAUGUGCUUGCACCUAUGAGGAUUGAGCUCCAGAACAUCGCAGCUGCCUAUGAGGAACUACAACCCACAUCAAGAAAGGUCAUGAAGUCAAUAGCCUACCCUGCUACGAUGAAUGUACAACAAAAACACAUCGCCGGGUAUCUAAGUACAUUUCUCAGAGAAGCAGAUGAACAACACCUGUCCCUCUUCCUUCGGUUUUGCACCGGGUCAGAUUUGUUCCUGGGAAAGAACAUCACCGUUGGCUUCACACAGUUGGAAGGCUUUCAGAGACGACCCACUGCACACACGUGUGGCUGUUACCUGGAGCUGCCUGUGAAUUAUGAUAACUACCCAGAGUUUUGCCAUGAAAUGAACACAGUGUUGGAGAGCAACAUAUGGGUCAUGGAUAUAGUCUAGUACACUUAUGGCUUGUUUCCACCGAGCGGUACAGUUCAGUACAGUACCAGUACGAUUUGGGGUGGUAAACCCAGAUCCGGCUUGCGUUUCCAUUGCCAACAGUAGUUUCUUGAUAGGUGUGAUGUAUGCCAGAAAGUAGCAAUUGACGUCAUUCUCAUGUGAAGAAGAAAGUGACAGUAAACAACAGUGGAGGACAAACAGCAGCUUUGAGCAAAGGCCUGUUUUCAUUCCCCUUGUAGCAUGCGCAAGUGACGAUUGGUUAGGAACUAUACUCUCAUUCCAGCAUAAUAAUCAAGGAACUUUGCUGUGACCCCCCUGCUUGCACAGGGAGUAAUAUCAUUGCGCCUGCUGCACCCAUGGUACGGCAGCAAAGUUCC